AAGAAACGGGGUCACCUUAAGAGAACAUGCCAUUUUUUGUCAUUUGAUUAUUUUUUAAAUUCAGUAUAUAAAUGAAUAGCUGAAAUUAUUCUAGUAAACUAAAAUGCGGGAUCUUAAAGUUAUAUUUUACCAGAAUAUCUUUCGGAAAUUGUAUUGUGAAAUCUACAACGGAAAUGAUGUGUAUAACAAUCAAUUCAACACAGGAAGUAUCGUCAAGCCUGGUUGGCAGUUCGUUUAAAAUAUGACAUAAACAUCAUAAAUUACUUUUAAAGUAAGAUUUUUUUUAAUGAAGCAAGUGAUUACCGACUAAAUCGUGGCACGAGUCGAAAUUUGCGGUUAUGGAUGCCGAUUUGCUGCUCGCUAUUCAGCUGCAGGAGCAGUUUGACAGCGAGUACCAGUCGUCGUUGUUUUCACCCAGUGGUUUUGAAAACAAAGAUUCUGGAAACAGCAGCAAGAAACGAAAAAUAGACGGUGGUAACGAUGUUGUUCCCUAUUGGAAGCCGACUGCCCGACCCGAGAGGCCGUUGUCUAUCGUGGAUGAGUCUUGGGAGACACUUGAUCCAAGUCCCGAUGUCAGAGCCAUGUUUCUGGAAUUUAACGACACGUUCUUUUGGGGGAAGCUCUGCGGUGUCGAGGUUAAGUGGAGCCCCCGAAUGACACUGUGUGCUGGUGUGUGUUCGUACGAGGGCCGAGGUGGACUGUGUUCCAUCAGACUUAGUGAACCUCUGCUGAAGCUGCGACCUAGGAAGGACUUGGUUGAAACUCUCCUCCAUGAAAUGAUUCACGCCCUUCUGUUUGUAACCCAGAACAACAAAGACAGAGACGGUCACGGUCCUGAGUUCUGCAAACACAUGAACCGGAUCAACACAGCCAGUGGAACAAACAUCACUGUCUACCACAGCUUUCACGAUGAGGUGGAUGUUUACAGGCAGCACUGGUGGCGAUGUGACGGCCCCUGCCAGACCCACAAACCCUUUUUUGGCUAUGUAAAAAGGGCUAUGAACAGAGCUCCAUCUUCUUUGGAUUUUUGGUGGGCCGACCAUCAAAGGACAUGUGGUGGGACUUACACCAAGAUCAAGGAACCGGAAGGAUACGGCAAAAAAGGCAAGAAGGAUGGAAAAAAGAACGGGAAGACAACAGAUAAAGAAACAGCUGGAACUGAGAAGCCUUCGAGUUCUAGUGCAGGAUUGAAGUCACAGGAUAUACGGAACAUUAUCCCAUUUAGUGGCAAAGGUUUUCUACUGGGAGGACAGUCACAGUCCUCUACGCCUUCCCUUCAAAACCCAGCUGUGCCUGUCAUGAAAGUUUCAUCACCUAUCCCAAACUCUCCCCUCAAGAAACCCCUCCCAUCUCCAUCUAAAACUCUGUCUACUCCCGUACACUAUAACCAUGACAACUCAGGGUCAUCUAUCGGGCCGAGAGCCCACACUGGACCUCCCAAGCCUCCUGUAAAGAGGUCUGUCAGCAAUACUAGAGUUUUUGUCAACAUCAAUGGUUCGCCGGUACGAAUCUCUAAACCGCACAGGAGCAGCAGUAGCAAGGGAGCAGAGAAAAUACGGCAGAAGUCAAUUCAAGACCUUUUCAACAGCACUGGUGCUGUCGAAAAGUCCACCUCCGGUUCAGCGACAUCACCAAAACCACAGAGUUCUACCUCAUCCUGCACAUCCAAAACUGAUCCAAGUACUUCCCAGUAUCCUCCUGUCGUCACGAGCAAAGCCAGCAACGAGAGGCCGACAGAGUCAAAGUAUUUUGGCAGUAACAGUACACCAGGAGCUGUCAGUGGAGGUCAGACCUCCAGGAAGAGGUCAUGGGACGAUCGCAGCGGCAGCUCCGCCUACAUCUUUGACCUUUUCCAAAGAACACCGAGCGCUGAAUCAGCAGCAGCCAGGGAGUCGAUGAAGGCUAAAUCACCUGCAGCGCAGCAGAGAACUGCUGCUGGUGUGGGUGCUGCUGGCACCAGCACCUCCUCAUCAUCAACUGCCGCCGCUUCCUCGUCUUCCUCAGCACUGAUGGUCAGCUGUCCUGUGUGCCAGGCCCAGGUGCAGGAGUCCAAGAUUAAUCAGCAUCUUGAUUCCUGUCUCUCCUGAAGCGUGUGGGGCAGAUGUACAGGAGGGCAGGUGAGAUGUUGCAGUAGAAACUGCUUACAAAGAAAGAAGAGAUACAUACCUCAGAGAAGUGGUGUUCACUGUGGCCAUUUUUAAAGUCAGGUCAGAUUCUGUUCUUCAAGGAGAAAUCCAAUCGGUUUUAAACACAUUGAUGACAUUCACACUCUCUGUGGCUGUGGGAAAAAUGACAUCAUUUUAACCAACAUAAGUUUGUCUGUUUGUCAAUGCAAAAGUGUCAAACAGUUGGUACAGCUUGACAGUCAAAAUUAAGAUUCCACCAGAUAAUCCAAGUUCAGUGGUUUUUCAUUUAAUUGGGUAAAAAAAAGUUCUUUCCAUUCAGCAGUAGAUAAGUUGAAUCACUGUGUAUUUAUCUGCAUAAUAAUUGUUUCCUAUCUGGGAGGAUGGAUCUUGACAUGUCCUGGCUCUCAGAUCUGUUUCUGCUGCCCUUUAUGCAGCAGUGGGGCCCAGACUGACCCGUCGCAGAUCUGCAGGACUCAGAUUUCACACUCAGUGGCAGCUUUUUCUCUGCUCAUCUUAACAUAAACUCUGGUUACAUCUAACAAGUUUAAACAUUUUAACAUUUUUUACAGGCUUUUACUUUGGUAGGGAGUGUAUUAAUAGUGUUAGUGUAAAUAUAUUUUGUAAUUUUAUGUCUUUUUAUGUCUGUUUUAAUGCAAAUUUGUUCAAUAUGUUGAAGUUAAUUUUCCAAAUAAAAUAUUUUACCUUCUGA